AUGACCAAGGAAGGAAGCCUCUGUACGGUAACACCAAACGGCGGCGGUAAAGACGAUGCGAUCUCCAUCAUGGAUGCCUUCAAGCAAUGUGGAAAGAAUGGUCAAAUCGAAAUCACCGAAGGUGACUUCACUAUCGCCAAAGUCAUGGACUAUCUCAACCUGGAGAACUGCGACAUCUCUAUCAAGGGCAAGCUCACCUGGAGCACCGACAUGAACUAUUGGAAAGGCGCCUGUAUGGGCGUGACGUACGCGCAGAGAUGCACAGCGUUCAGGUUGGGUGGAACCAAUUUCAACGUCAGGGGCCACGGGAAAGCGCUUUUCCACGGCAACGGCCAGACGUGGAUUGAUGCCAAUCGGAAUGGUAGCAAUAUGCAAGGAAGACCGAUCAACUUCACGCUGUGGAAGGCGAAGAAUGUGCUUGUCGAUGGGAUUACGUGGAGGCAGUCGCAAUUCUGGCAUACGUUCGUUGCCCACUCCGAGAACAUAACGAUGACCAACCUCGAUAUGAACACCACCUCAAAUUCUCAAUGGAACACUGUUAACACGGAUGGUACGGAUACAUGGAACACGAAAGGCGUCACUAUCAAAAAUUGGGUCGUAACCUGUGGCGACGACUGCAUCUCAAUGAAAGGCAAUAGCAGCGACGUCUACGUCAAGAACGUAACCUGCUACGAAUCCGGCGCCAUGGUCAUUGGCUCCCUUGGCAACCCAGCCUCCACGCCUGACUACGUCGAAAACGUCGUUUUCGAGGAUAUCACGGCUAUCCACUCCUCCAACGCCGCCUGGAUCAAGACUUACCCAGGCACUGGCUACGUGCGCAACAUUACCUUCCGCAACAUCAAUUUCCAGGACGUCAACCAACCCAUCUACGUGACGCCAUGCAUUUACACCUGGCAGAACUGUGACAGCAGUCGCCUAAAGAUUAGCGACGUUACCUGGGAGAAUAUCACCGGCACGAGCAGGUAUAAUGUUGGCGCGGGCCUAUAUUGCUCGCGGAAUAUACCGUGCACGGGGUUCAAGUUCAAGAAUAUUGAUAUUAAGCCAAAGAACGGGGGCAGUAUCAAAUACCUUUGCAGCAAUAUCAACAGUGACAAUGGGCUUGGGUGUACGGGGACGUGUCCGGCUGGAUGGAAGCAGCAGUUGAGCGGGAACGCCUGA